GGCGCACAUGCUCAGUACCGAUCACUGUGGAAAUCUGUAAUGGCUGCGGGAUGAUGUGAUACGAGUCCAGGUGCCGCGCCGCGUCUCUUUGGUAGGAAUGCCAUUUCCCUGAGACCGCCAACCACUCCAUUCAUUCCUCCGUCAACAUGGUUGACAUCCGACAGAAGAAUAAAGGUCGGACAUAGUAGUCGCGAGCUCUUGCGAGAGUCAUAAUCGUUGCAGUGCUGGUGUGUGAUAGUGCCAGUGAAUUGCGUGUGGUUGGCGGUAGUCAGGAGUGAUGGCUGUGAAGGAGCGGGUGGAGGCGGUGCUGAAUGUGGGCCUGCGGGUCCCCAGUAUCAUGUUACUAGAGGUGCUGUACCGCUGGGAUGUCAGCUCCUUCUUCCAGAAGAUCCAGAGAAGCAGCCUCAACAACAACCCCCUCUUCCAGUACAAGUACCUGGCCCUCUACCUUCACUAUGUGGGCUACAUUCUGAGUCUGGUUCUGCUCACCCUGCCCCGACAGCACCUGGUGCAGCUCUACCUGUAUGUGCUCACUGCUCUGCUGCUGUUUGCUGGUCACCAGAUCUCUAGAAAUGGCCGGAUGGUGGCAGGGGAACCGGACCGGAACUGUUGUGUCGCUGGAGCGGCAGAGAAGCAGUCAAUGGUUCUGAAAAACCUAUUACAGGUGCUGGGCACGCUGCUGAUCUACGUGCUCUUUAUGGUGGAGGAGCUCCGCAAGGCUCCGGUGGAGAACAUGGAUGAUGUCAUCUACUGGGUUAACGGCACCUACAGGCUGCUGGAGUUCCUGGUUGCGCUGUGCGUGGUGGCGUACGGUGUGUCGGAGACGGUGUUUGGGGAGUGGACUGUGAUGGGCUCCACCAUCGUACUCAUCCAUUCUUACUAUAACGUGUGGCUGAGGGCCCAGCUGGGCUGGCAGAGUUUCCUGCUCCGCAGAGAUGCUGUCAACAAGAUCAAGAGCCUGCCUACAGCUUCUCACCAACAACUCCAGCAGCACAAUGACAUCUGUUCCAUCUGCUACCAGGACAUGACGUCAGCUGUGAUCACCCCCUGCAGUCACCUCUUCCAUGCCGGCUGCUUGAAGAAGUGGUUGUAUGUGCAGGAGACCUGCCCUCUUUGCCACAACCAGCUGAAAGGCUUAUCACAAUCCGACUCUUCAACACAGGACGCCCCGCCACACGAGCCCCCAAUACAGCCAGCAGGGGAUCUGGACCCUUCACAGCAUCCAGAGUCAGAUUCAACCCUCCAGGUUCCCCAGCAAGACGACACCACUCUCGCUUCAGCGUCAGACCUCACGGCUGGGCUAAAAGACGACGGUGACACUCCUGCCUGCUCCUCCUCUCAAUCCUAAAACCUGCCUUGAGCCAUACCCAACUCCACACACUGCUGGCCAAAAGACAGUGUUACAGCAGAGGGUCUGAUGGGAAACUGUCAGCCCUCUCUGUGACUGAUACGUACACAUGGAAUGCUCCUGAGACAUCUAUACAAUCCAAAUCCUUCUACCGUCCCCCUCUCAUCCAGAAAAUUACAGAUUCCAGAGCUCAGAAAGCUUAUCUGCGGUGAAAAGAGUCAUUUCACCCCUUCCACAUCUGGAUCUACCAAAACACCAGCUCUUCCCCACCCUUUAUUACGAAACUACAAUCUCCAGCGAACACCAACCUGAAUGUGAUCAUGUGACCCUUCCUUAUAGUGCUGUGAUGCUCUGUAGGCACUUAGCACAUAUCCACUAGCACGCUCUCAGUAUCCAAUAGCAGUAGCCCUUCUUUUUUUGUUCUCUAUUUGUUUUAUUGAGAGAUUAUAUAUAUACAUAUAUGCCACUGCAUUUGCACUAAUGUAACAUAAAGCAAUGCUCCAAAGUUUGUCUUGUCUGAUACCAAAUAUUUUGGUCUGUAUGCAUUGAAUCAAAUUAUAUAUGAAAUAUAUACCCAUGUACAAAUAUAUAUGUAAAGGAGUUUUGAUAUGCAAAAGUACAGUGUUAAGCAGCAUCGAGUGUCAUGAAGCGCCUCAGGCUUAUAUGAACGCUGCGCCUCUAUCGACCUCUAGUGGCGGUAGUGGGAAGUGCCUCUGGCUGUGGAUAAACACUAUGACCGUUUAGGAGAGUCAAUUUCAUUCUCAUCAGUAUUUGGCAUUUAGCGCAUUUGUGAAUAUGAAUACAUUCGAGAAUGUAUGAGCACACUUUGCGAAUGCCUAAGUGUUUAAGUUAAUGUAUUUAACAUAGUUUGUUAAACGAAUGCUGUUUGGCUUGUGGGAUUUUUAAUCUCCAAAAGGGUUACUUUUAUCUAAGCCAUCAGAUUUUCUUUUUUUUAUUAUAAAAAAAAGCUGUUACAGCUAUUUUCCAUUCUUUUUCAUGAUUGAGAUUAGAGAGUAUAAUUCUAUAGCAUUUAACCUCUUCUUUUUUUAAUAAAGCAUACAUGUGGAAUGAUGUUCUGUGAAGGCUAACUUUGUUUGAAUUGCAGCUGAAUUCAGUAAAAUAUGCCUGAACGUGAGCCUGAAUGUCAGAAUAAAUCCAAACCUAACCCGUGAAA